GCGCCGUUAGACUGCUGCUUCGCGCCAAGCUGUAGUUGGGAAUUCUUCCCUCUUUGACAGCUAAAGCCACCGAGAACUGCCAGAAUAUCACACCACAAUGGAUAUUCGACGGUUCUUUGCACCAUCAGCAGGAGUGCAGAAACCAGCAACUAAUGGCAACAUUAAGAGAGAGAAAAAGACAACAAAAAAACUUCUUUCUUCAGACGAGGACUUACCGAGGAAGGACUCCAACAAGAUUGAAAGCUCCAAAAAAGAUGUAAAACAGAAGGAUGAGCCAAAAAAACGAAAGAAGCAUGCCGUCAUUGAUUCUGAUUCAGAUUCAGAGGAGACGAAAAAAAAGUCUAAGAAAUCGCCAAAAGAGAAAGGCACCAAGACAAAAACUCCACCCAAAAAAGACCCUGUGCAGUAUGUCUCUGAGACAGAUUCUGACAGUGACAACUUCCUGACUUUGAAAGCCAAAGCUAAAUCAAAGAACGCCAAGCAGUCCAAAUCGUCUCCAGACUCUGCUCGUGUCAAAGAAGAAGUCAAGAGUCCACUUAAAUUGUCGUCCACUCAAGCAAAGGCAGGGAAUAAAUGUCCCCCUGCUCCAGUCACUCCUAAGUCUGCUCCUCCCCCUCCACCCAAAAAGACACCCACCUCGGUGUUUGACUACUUCGGCAGUGGGAACAUCCAGCGCUCUGAAAAGAAGCUGGUUGCAAGCACCAAGAGAAAAGCUCCCACACAAAACACCGACGAUCUGAGCGAUGAACAGAUCGCCCGACAGCUGCAGAUGGACGAGGACAUGGAGCUGGAAAGGCAGAUCCACGAGGAUGAGGACUUUGCAAAGACGUUGGCACUGCUAGAUGAGCAGCCGCUGGCCAAGAAGGCUCGCAGAGGUUCAGAUGACAAAACGGAUCUCUUGCCUCAAAAGAAAGAAGAAGAGAAGAAGGAAGGGCAGACCAUGUCGAAGAUCAACCGUAGGCGGAGUAGUUCAGAGGACGCCAUCAGCCCCAGUCCCAAGAAGAACCCGGCUAAGGCCAAAGCUGCCUCUAAGCUGGCCCAGAUGAAAAAAGAAGCGGAACAUAACAAUGAUCCUGCCAAGACAAAAAGGUCGCCUGCUAAAGUGAAAACCUCUCCCAAGAAAGAGCCUGUUGCUUCGUCCAGCUCCGAAAUGAAGUUUACACCAAAAGCUGCAACAACGCCCACUGCCCUAAAGACGUCUCCGAAGAAACCUGAGAGCUCCAGCACCAGUACUGAAGACCAGGAGAGGAAGAAGGUCAACUCUGCUGCUUUCAGGAACUACCUCAACCGGGAUGGACCUCGAGCUCUGGGAUCCAAGGAGAUACCAACGGGCGCGGACAACUGUCUGGAGGGCUGUGUGUUUGUGCUUACCGGUGUCCUGGAGUCCAUGGAGAGGGACGAAGCCAAAUCGCUGAUCGAGCGCUAUGGCGGGAAAGUGACGGGCAACGUGAGCAAGAAGACCAACUACUUGGUCCAGGGCCGGGACAGUGGUGUGUCCAAGCUGGAGAAGGCCGAGGGCUUCGGCACCAAGAUCCUCAGUGAGGACGAUUUGUUAGAUCUGAUCAGAACCAAACCUGGGAAGAAGUCCAAGUUUGAGGUGGCUGCAGAGGCCGAGAUCAAAGCAGAAAAAAGGAGAACUCCAGCCUCGACCUCGAAGAGCACCCCGACAUCUCAGAAGAUCUCUCCAUCUAAAGGAAACUCCAGGUCUCCUCAUACACCCAGCCCAUCGAAGACCAGUCUAACUAAAGGGCACACUUCCAAGACCGUGGCGGUGGGCACACCCCCUGGAAGAGGGUCCGGUCAGGCGGUCCGGAGAGAGCUGGAUCUGCCGUCAGCAGCGUCAAGAGUCAAAGAGAGUCCGAGUCUCCUUUGGGUGGACAAGUACCGGCCAACCUCGCUGAAGGGUGUGAUCGGCCAGCAGGGGGAGCAGAGCUGUGCCAACAAGCUUCUCCGUUGGCUCCAGAACUGGCACACGCACCAUGGAGGAGCCACGUCCAAACCUGCAGCCGCCAGGUUUGGGAAGUUUGGAUCCACCAAGGAUGAUGGGUCAGGUCACAAAGCUGCCCUGCUGUCCGGACCUCCAGGUGUGGGCAAGACCACUACAGCUGCCCUUGUCUGUGAGGAACUGGGCUUCAGCUACGUGGAGAUGAACGCCAGCUCCACCCGCAGCAAGAACAGCCUGAAGGAAGUUGUGGCCGAGUCGCUCAACAACACCAGCAUCGAGAACUUCUACAAAGGAACCUCUCAGACAGUGAGCAGCAAACACGUGUUGAUCAUGGAUGAGGUGGACGGCAUGGCGGGGAAUGAGGAUCGCGGAGGCAUGCAGGAACUCAUCAGUUUGAUCAAAAGCUCCAAAAUCCCCAUCAUCUGCAUGUGCAAUGACAGGAAUGCCAUGAAGAUCCGCUCGCUGGCCAACUACUGCUUCGACCUGAGAUUCCAGAGGCCGCGAGUGGACCAGAUCAAGGGCGCCAUGAUGUCCAUCGCCUUCAAGGAGGGCAUCAACAUCAAACCCCCGGCUCUCAACGAGAUCAUCUUGGCCUCCAACCAGGACGUGCGGCAGGUGAUCCACAACCUAAGCAUGUGGUCGGCCAAAGACAAGGUGAUGACCUACGACCAGUGCAAGACGGACGCCGCCAAAGCUCGCAAGGACAUGAAGAUGGGGCCCUUCGACGUGUGCAGGAAGGUCUUCGCUGCCGGGGAGGAGACGGCCCACAUGAGCCUCAUCGACAAGUCCGACCUCUUCUUCCAUGACUACUCGCUAGCGCCACUCUUUGUCCAGGAGAACUACCUGCACGUGCGGCCGGCUGCUGCUGGCGGCAACCUGAAGUCUCACCUGGUUCUGCUCAGCAAGGCGGCAGACUCCAUCUGUGACGGAGAUCUGGUGGACAGACGGAUCCGCUCGGGUCAGAACUGGUCGCUGCUGCCCACUCAGGCCAUCUACGCCAGUGUGAUUCCAGGCGAACUCAUGAGAGGCUACAUGAGUCACUUCCCUUCCUUCCCCAGCUGGCUGGGCAAGAACUCCUCCACUGGGAAACAUUCUCGCAUCGUCCAGGAGCUGUCCUCUCACAUGCACCUCAGGACCCUGAGCAGCAGACAGGCAGUGAACCUGGACUACCUGCACUACCUGAGACAGGCACUGCUGAGCCCGCUGCAGAGACUCGGAGCGGAGGGAGCCGGCCGGGCCGUGCAGCUGCUGGAUGACUACCAGCUGGUCAGGGAGGACGUGGACAGCAUGAUGGAGAUCAGUGUGUGGGGGGGACAAGCGGACCCUUACUCCAAGCUGGACUCUAAGGUGAAGGCAGCGUUCACCCGUGCCUACAACAAGGAGGUGCACCUGACGCCGUACUCCUUACAAGUCGUCAAGAAAGGGCGUGGCGGUGGUGCUGCCGGAGGAGAGUCAGAGUUGGGGGGAGAGGACGUGGACAAAGAGGUUCACGAGUCUGAGGACGAUAGCGAUGGACUCAAGACUGACGCCAUGAUCAAACAGAAGAAGUCCAAAGCUCCCAGAGAGACCAAGAAAGAGAAGACAGAGUCUGGAAAAGGAAAGGGGAAAGGCAAGGGCAGGAAAUGAGCAGCAAGACCGACUGACGCGUCUCUGCUUCAAAUCACGUGGAGUCCACCUCUGCAGUAAGACUGUCUGGACCUGCGUCCAGCACUCAACAACAGCCACAGCGCUUUUUUUUUUUUUUUACCUUCAUGAUCAUGCCUGUGUUGACGGACCUGUAAAUAUGCUCUCUGUUACUGUAUCAACAAACCUGUGCGCUCUGCUGUGUACGGAGAACUCUGUAAAAACAUGCGAUGGUAGAUGACUGUAGAGGCCGACCCUGCCUGCGACUCCUUACUACACAUGCACAUGAAUAUGUAGAAGCAGAAAUCAGUCGGACCAGUGGCGCCACCUGCCACAGAGGAGACAAGGACCAGAUUACUACUAGGUGAGUUACCAAUUUAUAGAAAGUGAAAUGAAAAUAAAAAAUGAUAAACUCAAAGGUAAAAGAAGCCCCAUAAAUGAGCAUCAUGUUUUCAUGGAAUGAGAUCAAAGGCUGUAGAAGACAAGCCUGGCAGCCCGCUGAAGUGAGACAUGCUCAGUACAUUGCUACCAAGGUUCGGAUCAA